GCUUUUCAAAUCUGCAUCACAGCUAACAUCUUAGUUUCUCGUCGCAAAAAUGUCUUUGGAGGGUAGUAUGAGAAAUUAUUUGGAGUCAGUUGGACUGCGAGAGAUUUGCCUUAAAAUGGAGAGUCACGGAUUUAACCAGAUCAGCGAUAUCUUGAGUAUGGAUGACGAAGAUCUCGCUGUUGCAAUUCCUGACGAGGAAUCAAAGAUGAAGUUUAAGACAGUAUUGCAUCAAGACGUAAGACUGGUGAAAAUUUGGCUGGACUCUCUUGGUCUUGGUCAGUAUUAUGACCAGUUCCAAGCCUCUGGAUUGAAAAGUCUGGCCCGAUGCUCUGGUCUGAGCCUACGGUCGCUGGACAGCGUGGUUUUUAACCUCCCAGGACACAAAAAGAGGGUGUUCAGGGAAGCUCAGAGCUUGCUGGGAUACGGAACAGUGGUGGCAGAGGGAGCCUGGGAAGAGCACGAGCAGUUGAGGGGUGGAAAGUUUGGUAAAUUUCUUUGUCUCACAGCUGACAUUUUUGCCCGUGACCCGCAAGAAACGCGGAAUAACCCGAAUGAAGGCGCCGCCGCUGUCCCACACCGAAGAGUGAAGUUUAUGGUGGAUUCUGGAAGUGACAUGGUCACACUACAUUAUGACAUCAUCAAGGAAUUGCAACUGCCUGUUAAGGGUUGUGCAAAGCAGGAAGUACCUGGAGGACAGACACGGGAAUUACCAUUGUACAGCGCCUGUCUGGGAAUUGGUAGGAAAAUGCUGAACAUUCAGAUAGUUCCAGACAGUGUUAGCACUGUGGGAACUCCAGUGCUUUGGGAAUUCCGUCAUCGCAUUGAUGGAGAAAAGCAUGUGUGGCUUGCCAAAGCCGGCGAGUUUGACAUCAAACCUUAGAGGGUUCAGCCAUCUAGUCGCUUAAGUUAG